GAAAAAAGAGAAAAGGGUCGUCUCCGCACGCGGGGCGCGUACGUGAGCGCGUGCGCUUGUCUUUCUCGCAGAAGUCGUCGCGGUGCAGGUAGCGGACGGACCCAGCAUGGUGCUGUUGCACGUACUGUUUGAGCACGCCGCGGGCUAUGCCUUGUUCGCGGUUAAGGAGGUGGAGGAGAUCGGCAUGCUUCUACCCCAGGUGGAGGAAAGUUUGCUAAAUGUUGGGAAACUAAACAGUGUAGUGAAGUUGGCGGCGUUUUUUCCCUUCAAGUCUGCGCAGAGUGCGCUUGAAAACAUAAAUGCCAUUUCAGAAGGAGUUGUCCAUGCAGACCUUAAACUGUUUUUGGAAACAAACCUGCCUUCUGGCAAAAAGAAGAACCUGUUGGGGGUUGCUGAUGGCAAGCUUGGUGCAGCCUUGCAGGAGGAGCUAGGCGCAUCCAUCCAGACCGGAGGAGUGGUGGCAGAGAUACUCCGAGGUGUGAGGCUGCACUUUUCCUCGCUGGUGAAGGGCCUGACUGCUCUGGCAGCCUCUAAAGCACAGCUUGGCCUGGGCCACAGUUACUCCAGAGCCAAGGUCAAGUUCAACGUCAACAGGGCCGACAAUAUGAUCAUACAGUCCAUUGCCCUUCUCGACCAGCUGGACAAGGACAUCAACACGUUCUCCAUGCGUGUGCGUGAGUGGUAUGGAUAUCACUUUCCUGAACUAAUUAAGAUAGUGAGCGAGAAUGCGACCUACUGCAAGCUGGCCAAGUUGAUUGGGAACAGGAAGGAGCUGAGCGAAGAGAGCCUGGAGGCCCUUGAGGAGGUCACCAUGGACGGCGCCAAAGCUCAGGCCAUCCUGGAGGCCUCCCGCAGCUCCAUGGGUAUGGACAUCUCCCCCAUCGACCUGAUCAACAUCGAGAGCUUCUCCAGCAGAGUUAUCUCCCUCACUUCGUACAGGCUUGAGCUACAGGAAUAUCUUCGCUCCAAAAUGAGCCAGGUGGCCCCCAACCUGUCGACUCUCAUUGGAGAUGUGGUCGGCGCUCGUCUCAUCUCCCACGCCGGGAGCCUGACUAACCUGGCGAAGUACCCGGCGUCCACUGUGCAGAUCCUGGGAGCAGAGAAGGCCCUGUUCAGGGCGCUGAAGACCAGAGGCAACACCCCGAAGUACGGCCUCAUUUUCCAUUCGACCUUCAUCGGCCGCGCGGCCGCCAAAAACAAGGGCCGGAUCUCCCGUUACCUUGCCAACAAGUGCACCAUCGCCUCUCGUAUUGACUGCUUUUCCGAGGUUCCUACUAGUGUGUUCGGAGACAAGCUGCGUGACCAGGUGGAAGAACGUCUGGCCUUUUAUGAGACGGGCGAAACGCCUCGGAAGAACUUGGAUGUGAUGAAGGAGGCAGUCGCAGAGGCAAGUGAGGUGGCAGCGGAGAUCAAACGCAAACUUGAGAAGAAGGAGAGAAAGAAAAAGAAGCGCGAAAAGAGAAAACUAGAAGCCCUGUCAACGGCUGAGGGAGAGGAGGAGGAGGAGGAGGAAGAGGUCAAAACCGGUGGAGAGCCAGGGUCCUGUGAGAAUGGAGAGGCCGAGGUGAAGAAGAAGAAGAAAAAGAAGAAGGUUAAGUUGGAAGCGGAGCAGGAAGAGGAGGUGACGACAAACGGACCAGAGGAGACGGCUUCCUCUAAAAAGAAAAAGCGGAAGGCGGAGGCCGAGGUGAAGCAGGAAGUGGAGGCGGAGGCCCUGCAGCCUGAGAAGAAAAAGAGGAGGAGAAAGGUGGAGGAGGAGUAGCACACUCGUUUAACGUACUGUACAGUGGUCUUUGUUUUACUUUACAGAGGUGAUGAAUGGCAGGAUAUGGCACAGCAUCCUUGGAGUUUAAGUUGAUUUCAAAACUUGUCAAAUUGUUGGUUUUGUUCAUUGAUAACCCCCCCCCCCCCCUUGACUGACCACAGCUGUGCCUCGUUAGUUAAAAUGCCUCUUGUCAUCAGUGGUCAGAUUCUGGUUUGAGAUGCUUCUCAGCUAAGCUGUAGAAAAAUGUCAUCCUUCACAAUUGCUGUGAGUACUUAAAUGUUUAAUGAGCUCAGUAAGUGCUUUUGUAAUCAGGUCUUGCAUGAAGUUUCCUAACCUAUCACUUAAUCUGGCUUCACCUCCAAUGUAGUUGAGGACAACUGUGCCUUGGGGGGAGGUGGUAACUUGGUAUGACUGGUCACAAUUUGAUGAAUUCAGAUUUAAAGCAGGGUUGUAACUUCCUUUUCACAACCCUUUUUUUAAAUAAAAUGUAUACACAUACCGA